AUGGCGCCGAAAACGCAUCAGAAAGGUACCCGCAACAGGAACCUGAGCCAAUAUGUUCCGGCGCCUGUGCGGGCUCAGCCGUUCACUCGCAUGACGCCCAUUACGAUGGUACACCUAUAGUUCAGGUUUAGUGUAGUACUUCGCAUCUUUUCAUAUGACAGAGAGUUCUAGUAGUGUCUUUACUUUAUCUAUCCCAGUGGAUGAGGCCACGCACUUUAUGCUUCAUCCACCCUCCGAGCAUAUAAGUGAAGCCUUCUCUUCUUUAAUUUCUAAUACUCAUGGGAAGACCCGCGCUGUUAUCCAACGCCUUGGUCUGAACACGGACGGCGCCGGUAUUGUGUCCGCGCGCAAUCAUAUCCUCAAGACCGUGCGUGAGUGCCCGACACUGAAGCUCAGCGAAGUCAUCAAACGCGUUGGCAACGAUAAGAAGGUCGUCGGGCUCAAGAUCAACGUCACCAAAGAGGAGGAAGCAUGGAAACUUGCGGGACGUGUCGACAAUCAAUGUCACUCGGUGAUCCGUGGCAGCUUGGACUUGACCGUCAUCCCGAUCGAGCGCUUGCUGGUUGUCGUUUCGGUACUACUACAGUGUAGCAGGUUGAUUGUGAAGUGUUCAUGGGCUUCUCAUUCGCUUGUGGUAUGUUGUUGUCGAUCGUCGUUCUUGUUUAUCGAGUUCAUUGUAGCUAUUCGUGACAGCCAGUCUGUGAGUCAGUCUUUCCUCGUUUUUCAUCAAUCAGUUGAGAAAUGGAUCUUCAUCCUUUUUACCUUCUGAUGAAAAUUGCAGGAAUCCCUCGAAGGCAAGCACCAAUACAACGGCCCCAUCAUCUACGACGCCAUGGCGACUGCUGUCGAGAGGUUUUAUGGUAGUGGAAUCAAUUGCAUAAGUACAAAGUGAAAAAGCUACUGAUGGGUGUGGGUUCUAGUAGAAGACUGACUGAUGGACAAGGAACGCGAGCCGCUGUAGCGUAGUGCUCAAUUGAUUCAAGUCCCCCUCCUUCGCUUUCAUAGAUCGCGGGAAAUGGCAGACAAGCGCAAAGAUCCCUUCGCCGAGGAAAAAGAAGAAUGCUUCGAACUGGAAGCAGGAUUCGCGGCAGAAGGAAUUAUCCAAAAGUGCCACUCGUUCGCUGCCUUGAAGAAGUGGCGCUAUCUCUUCCUUUUGUGUAUGUGUUCGCUCCUCAGUUUAUAG